GAGUAAUCAAAUCAAUUAUUAAGUAACUUUAUUAAUUGAUAUACACUGUUCUGUACUAUUAAUUGUCUACUAAGCUUCUGAUAGUAUUGUCAGUGGAUGUAUAAGUGUAUCUAGGCUGGAAUAAUUACUUCGAAUAUCAUUGAUCUUGAUCGCUAAUGGAACAAAAGGAAAAUCGGAAGUAUGUAAAGAAACCAGGAGAAUUAAAGAGGAAAGAAGAAAAAGAAGAAGCAAUUAUAUGGAAUUUCGUGAUUGCUUUUACUUGAAUGCCAGAAGUGGCCAAAUACGAAGUUUGGAUGAGUUAACAAUCAUCAUGCGAUCUUUGGGAAUGAGCCCCACUAUAACAGAAUUGAAAAAAUAUUUCAAAGAAAAAAAUGGAAAGAUAUCAUUUGCUGAUAUGCUUGAGAUAAUGCAUAAUCAUAGCCAGAAAGAAAAUAUUCCUCAAGAAAUCCUGCGUGCAUUCCGUGCUAGUGACAAAAGCAAAUCUGGUCGUAUACCUGCACGGGAGUUGCGGCACAUACUUCUGUUAUGGGGAGAAAAGCUGAGUCCCAAAGAGGUGGAUCGCAUUUUCAGAGAAGCCAACGUUUCUCCCAAUGGAUAUGUCAACUAUGAUGACUUUGUUAGGGUGGUCUGUGCUCCGGUGCCUGAUUAUUAUUGAAUUUUGAAAUUUUCAUUAUAUUGUGAUAAAGCAUUUAUAUAUUA